AGGCUUCGAGGCAGCAUGGACCACUUAUCACUCGCUAUCUACUACGGUAUACCUAGGUAUGUAAAGAGUUCUGAGUUACUACCUAGGGUAGGUUAGUGUAGGCGGCAGAGGGUCGCGUAAUGUACUGCGGCGCCCAACUCAAUCGAUCCCUACCUAACCCUACCCACUGGCUCUGCCUAUAGGUACCUACUGGCCCAGCCUUGGAAGCUACCUACCGCCGACUCUGACUGACCGACCAGACAGCAGCCGUAGCUCACCUACUUACAUAUCACAUAUCCAUCCACCCAUCUCUAAACCAUUCCAUUUCAACGUCGUCACCGCGCCACGUCCCAUUUACCAUCACCACCACUUCCGACAAACAAUUAUCUCCACGUAGUGAACCAUAAUUACUAUCCAUACAUUAUCAGGUAUCGCCCAAGACUGCCUCUACCAGCAUUGAUCUUGGCAGCUCUUUCCCCUUCUGCAUCCCCCGCCUGCACCGGCCUCUUCCGCUACCGCCACGGCCAUCAUGGCACCCAAAAAGAACACAUCCAGUGUGACCAACAAGGCCGGGGACAAGGGCAAGGGCAAAGCCAAAGCCACUGAUGGCAAGGCUGAUGAGCCUCAGAAGGACAACGAUGCGCUUCCGCAGCCGGAUAGUAAGAAGGGCGACGACAAGGACGAUGCCACAGAGGAACUCAGUGAGGAGGACCAGCAGCUCAAGAGCGAGCUGGAUAUGCUCGUCGAGCGCUUGAAGGAAUUAGAUGCCUCACUAUACAAACCCUCUCUGGAGGCUAUGAAGACCUCAAUCAAAACUUCCACCUCCUCCAUGACUGCGGUUCCGAAACCCCUCAAACUCUUAAGACCACACUACGAAUCACUAACAAAGCUAUACGAAACCUGGCCCGAGGGUGACGACAAGGCAUCUUUGGCCGACGUGCUCUCCGUGAUUGGUAUGACCUUCUCGGACGAGGAUUGUCAAGAUACUCUAAAAUACAGGUUGCUAUCCCCUUCAGAGGAUAUCGGGUCGUGGGGUCACGAGUACACCCGGCACCUGGCCUUGGAGAUUGGCGAGGUAUACGCGAAGCGAGUUGCAGCGGAUGAGUACGUGGAUGACCUUGUAGAUCUUGCCCUGCUUCUCGUUCCACUCUUCCUAAAGAGUAACGCAGAAGCCGAUGCCGUCGAUUUGAUGAGCGAGCUGGAGAUUAUUGAGCAGCUACCCGGCUUUCUUGACGAAAACACAUAUUCCCGGGUCUGCUUAUACCUCGUCAGCAUGGUCAACCUACUGACUUUCCCCGAAAAUAAACAGUUCCUUCACGUUGCUCAUGAUAUAUACAGAACUUACGGCGAACAUACCCAGGCCAUGGUAAUAGCAAUACGGCUGAAUAAUCGUAAGCUAAUCGUCGAUGAUUUUAAAGCUACAAAAGACCCAGCCCUAAGAAAACAAUUGGCGUUCAUGGUGGGCCGCCAAAAAAUCGUCUUGUACUUAGACAAAGACGAGAACAUCUCCGAGAAGGAUGCAAACGAAAUCGAGGACGCCCUCACCAACAUCAAACUUUCUGAAUAUUUCAAGACACUGGGCAAGGAGCUCAAUAUUCUAGAACCCAAGAGUACCGAAGAUAUCUACAAGAGUCACCUAGAAAGCAGCCGUGUAGCUGGUAUGACCAACCUCGACUCUGCUCGGCAUAACUUGGCGGCUGGCUUUGUCAAUGCCUUCGUCAACGCCGGCUUCGGUCACGACAAAAUGAUGUUACACGGCGAUGAGAAAGAUGCCUGGGUUUGGAAGACCAAAGAUGAGGGUAUGAUGUCGACGGUUGCUUCCCUGGGAACUUUGCUCAUGUGGGAUAUCGAAGGCGGUCUUGACGUCAUUGAUAAAUACACUUACGCACAAGAACCCCAGAUCUUGGCUGGCGCUAUGUUAGCUAUUGGCAUUCUGACCUCAGGGACUCGGGUAGAUAGCGAUCCCGCACUGGCGCUAUUAGCAGAUCCAGAUCGGUUGGAGCAUCAGAGCCCACUUGUACGGGUUGCUAGUGUUAUGGGCUUGGGUCUUUCAUAUGCCGGGUCCCGCAAGGAGGAACUCCUAGAAUUCCUUUUGCCUAUGGUUUAUAAUCCGAGCCUAGACAUCCAGAUGAAUGCCAUGGCUGCGCUGUCACUGGGUCUCAUUUUCGUCGGUUCCGCCAACCCCGAAAUCAGCGAGGCCAUAGUGAUGCUGGUGAUGGAUGGAGAGUACAAAACUAAGCUGGCGGACAAGUGGGCCAGGUUUAUUAGCCUUGGCCUGGGCCUUCUAUACUUCGGCCGUCAGGAAGAAGCUGAAGUCAUGUUAGAAACGCUGAAGGCUGCGGAUCAUCCAGUGGGUCGUCCUACCUCUGUUCUUACUGGGAUUUGUGCCUGGGCCGGUACUGGUGCCGUUCUAAAGAUUCAAGAGCUGCUACAUAUAUGCAAUAACCACAUCGAAGAAUCCGAAGACAGGAAAAUGGAUGAGCUGGAGCAGAUUUAUGCUGUUCUAGGAAUUGCUUUAGUCGCCAUGGGCGAGGACAUAGGCCAGGAUAUGGUUCUACGUCAAUUUAGCCAUUUGAUGCAUUAUGGCGAGUCCAACAUUCGGCGCGCUGUGCCUUUGGCGCUGGGCUUGAUUAGCCCUAGCAAUCCUCAAAUGAAGAUAUAUGAUACGUUGUCACGGUACAGUCACGAUAACGACAAUGACGUUGCAAUCAACGCUAUUUUCGCCAUGGGCCUCUUGGGCGCCGGCACCAACAACGCCAGAUUAGCCCAGCUUCUGCGGCAACUUGCUAGUUAUUACCAUCGAGAUCAAGAGUCUCUAUUCAUGGUUCGUAUAGCACAAGGCCUGUUGCACAUGGGUAAGGGCACAAUGACCUUAAACCCCUUCCACACUGACCGCCAAAUCCUUUCGGGCGUUUCGACGGCUGGUCUGCUGGCAGUUCUCGUCGCCAUGAUCGACGCUAAACAGUUCAUUACUUCCAACAUGCAUUAUCUCCUCUAUUUCCUAGUUACCGCUAUGCACCCUCGGUUCCUUGUCACUCUCGACGAAAACCUGAAGCCACUGACGGUCAAUGUACGUGUCGGUCAAGCCGUCGACGUCGUUGGCCAGGCGGGUCGCCCCAAGACCAUUACUGGAUGGCAGACGCAAAGCACCCCCGUACUCUUGGCGUAUGGUGAGCGUGCGGAAUUAGAAGAUGAGGAAUAUAUCAGCCUCAGCAGUACUUUAGAAGGACUUGUCAUCUUGAGAAAGAAUCCGGAUUGGGAGGUAGAAAAAUAGCAUGCUCCCCUUGUUCUUCGAUGAUUCUUAGAAGAGUUUAUUGCAGAUAGUAACUCAGAAGCUGCUUGGUGGGGAAGAGAAGUUGUGAUGAUAAAACGACCAUCAUUUCGACUGCUCUCCAUCGUCGAAUUCUUUUCGAGGUGGACGAUUAUUAUGGGUCAAGACAAACGAUGAUGAAUGUAUUUUUAAGGUGACACUGAGUAAAGCACGGGCUUGACGAAUGUGCAUUCGGCAGGACGAUGGAAGAAAUAUAGACAGACUGUGCAUGUGUUAAUGGCUGCUGUUCUAAUUGUGCAAAUCGUAGAUUCAGUGAAACUAGAAACUGUAGAAGAAU